CAUUUAAAAUGAAACGGAGAGAAUAACUCACAACACAUAAUAAUUUCACUUCUUUUAACCUAUUACACAUUUGAGGAGUGUAUGAUUAGUUAAGAGGUUAUUAGUAUGAUUAAUAUUACUAUAGCAAAGUGCUCUUUAAUCUUUAUACAAUUUUCUAGAUCAAAUUUAUGGACAUGCAUAGGACAAUAAAAAUAGAGUGUAGGGGGGUUGAGUUAUAAAUUCUUUGUCUUUAGCGCAAAAAAAAAAAAAAGUCACUAGUAUAGUAGUAAACCAGUAAGUAGUGAACUAGUCCACUAGUAAGACUAGUACCAGUACCACCAAAUACUCAUAUAAAAAACUAAAAAAAAAACCCCUUUUUCCUCCCACGCUUUACCACACCAAGUGAAGUUACAAAUUUACCCUCAUUCACCCACCAUUUCCUCAACUAGAAAGUAAAAACCCCUGUAAUUCUCGUCAAUUUCUCCACCCCCUUUAUUUAUUUUCUCUCUCCUCUCUUAAACCCUUUUUCUCUCUUCCUCUUCAACCUUUCUUUCAUCAUCAUCAUCACUACUCCAAAAACAAAAAUAUAUAAAGAAAAAAGUAAAAAAAUAUCAAAAAAUAAGAGAGAGAAAGUGUUGUUUUUCUAGUGAGAGAAAAUAAAAAAUAAUAAUCAAUAAUGGAUCCGCAUACUCAGAGAGCAGAGGCGGAGCGGUGGUUAGGUAUAGCGGCGAAGUUAUUGACGGCGCGUGAUUUUUUAGGGAGCAAAACAUUUGCGAUCCGAGCGCGUGAAGCUGAUCCUAAUAACGUUGUUUCCGAUCAAAUUCUAGCCGUUGUAGAUACUGUACUUGGAGGUGAAAAGCGCGUGAAUUCAAAUCAACAACCUGAUUGGUACACAGUACUACAGUUACCUAGACUUGUUCGUGACCCUGACUUGAUAGCAGACCACUAUCGACGACUUGUGAUGUGUUUGAAUCCAGAUAGAAAUAGGUUUCCUUUUGCAGAUUAUGCGUUGCAGCUUGUUAUAGAUGCGUGGACUGUGUUAUCGGAUCCUACUAAGAAGUGGUUGUUUGAUAACGAGCUUGCGCUUUAUUUGCAACAAGCGGAGCCUGUUGUUGUUGCUACUAGUGGUGGUAACGGUGGUAAUGGUGGUGGUGGUGGUAGUAGUAGUGUUGCAGCGGCUGCUGCGGUUGCUGCGAGUGGGAGUCAAUUGAAUACGUUUCAAUUUUUUCAACCCCAACCGCCGCUGCAACAACAGCAGCAACAACCGCAGCAGCAACAGAUGUGGCAAUCACAGCAACAUCAACAGCAGAUUAAUCAGAGAGAGUUUAUGCCGUUGCCGAUUGAACAGCAACGGCAGCAACAGCAGCAACAGCAACCGCAACAGCAGCAACAGCAAGUUCCGCCGCAGUGGCAGAUGAGGGAUCCAACACCUUCUAAAGGAGGAGGAGAGAGAAAUAAAGGGAUUUUGAAUGGGAUUGGAGGAGGGGUGAGAGGUGGAACAGCUACGUCUCCGAUGAUACCGACACUAACUACACCUCGGCCUGUUCCUCGGGCUGCACCAGUAGCUCCACCACCACGUGCACCAUCUCCAUCACCAACGCCUCCGCCGCAACCUGCAGCAGCAAGAGUAUCUGUUGCUGCUACAGCAAGUGUUGCUGUUGAUGGUAAUGCUGGAAAUACCCCUACUACUAUAAGUAAUAAUGAUAAUAAUGAUGGUAAUAUUAAUGCUGCUAAUGUGGGUAAUGCUGCUAAUGUGGCUAAUGUGGCUAAUGUUGCUAAUGUUAAUGAGAAUAAUGAUGAUGAUGAUGAUGUAGAAGACGUAGAAAGUUUUUGGACAGCUUGCCCUUACUGUUUUUAUAUAUAUGAGUAUCAGAAAGUGUAUCAGGAGUGUACUCUUAGGUGUCAGAAUUGUAGGAAAGGGUUUCAUGCUGUACAGAUUCCAAACCCGCCUCCGAUUAGUUCUGCUAAGAAUGCUGGUGGUGAUGUUGGGAAAGAGAAGGAUGUGGAGAAGAAUAAGGAGAAGGGCAAGGAGAAUUCAUUCUGUUGUUGGGGAUUUUUCCCAUUAGGGUUUUCGAUGACGGCUUGGAAAAAGCAAAAUCAAGUUGGGAACUUGAAUGGGUCAUCGACUUGGGUGCCCUUUUCACCGAUGUUUGCUAGUCCGGUUGCAAAUGGGGGUGGGGAUUUCCAGUGGUUUGAUAAUAGUGGUGGCAAUGCAUUUGUUGGGCCGAAGAAUGUCGUGAAGAAGAGUACCCCUAGGGUUUAUAUAGAUGAUGAAGAUUUUCUCGCGCAAUCUGAUCCUAGUGAUCCGGAUUCAUCUGAUGGUGAUUGGAGAACUUAUAAUCAGGAAAAGAAUAAGAAGAAGAAAAAGAGGAGAGGGAAUGUUGUGGGACAUAAGAGAGGAAGGCAGCGUAGAGCUGAUGGGUCAAAUCAGGUGAAGCAUAAUGUAGUUAGUGGAGGUGGAGUUUCUGUUGGUGGUGAGAAUAUGGAUGAUGGGUCUGAUGCGCAAGAAGUUGUUGUUGGGUUGGCUGCAGGAGAUAAAUCUGAUGCAAUCAAGACUGUUUCUGCAACCCAUACAAGGAAGCAGACUAGGAGAAGUGUGAAGGAUGUAGGGAGGUUAGAUUUGAAUGUGGAAUUCAACAAUGAGGGUGAAGACCAUGCCCCUGCAGUAAGUGCAGUAAACGGGGAGGAGGAUGGGAUUGAAAAUAUCGCAUUUUUUGAAGGUCUUGACGAGUUUCUAAGUACAUUGCCCAUACUAAAUGUUGGUGGAGAUGAAAAGGCAAAGCCAUCUUAGCAGCACCAGGCCUAUACUCCAAUCCGAAUGCCUCUGAUUGUUCCUUUUUUGCAGUUUUUGUAUGCAGGUAGCUAGUCUUGAUGUAUGUAGAGCAGUCAGGAUUUUCUUAAAGCUAUUUCCAGACUGCCAGUAUUUAGUAUGUAAUUUGCAGGGAUUUGAUCAUCAGGUCUUUUUCUCCUUUUGCUGUUAGAAUCCUCCCCUGUAGAUUAUCCUGCUGUGACGAAUAAUUUUCUCAUGUUAAUUUUGGUACAAUUAUGAGAUAAGCAGGGUAAGCUUGAACCGUUUCUGUAAAUAAAUCAUCAUUUUGUACUUUCCA